AACGAGCAAUGUGGCUCGAUUCUGGACUGCGGAGAGCCAAGAAGAACCAAGAGCUCUCGCCAGUUGCUUCAGGAGCGAGCAAGGUGUAAUGUCGAAUCGAUGUACCAUAAUCGUCUGGACUUAGGUGUCUUUCGUUCCGAGCCGAGUCUACGGCAUGCUCGAAGCCCACGGAACUGGUAUAUACACGUAUAUAUAUGUAUACUAGGUAAAAUGGCACUUUGCGGCGGUCUACUCGUCAUUCUGCGAUUACUUCUCAUCGUCGUGGCGUCGACUUUACCAGGAACAUGGAUAAAUAUUGGCUUGCAACACUUCCCGCAACUGGAAACCGCUCAGAUGAUAGAAACUUACGACGUCGCUGCGUCGAGCAUUUGUCACGGACUGAAAGGGCUCUCGCAGGGCCAGGGAAAGUUAUGCCAACUAUCCGUGGAUCACAUGCCGAGUGUGGCGAAGGGUGCAAAAUUUGGAAUUCUCGAGUGCCAGCAUCAGUUUCACGAUCGAAGGUGGAACUGUUCCACGGUCUCUGAUGAAUCCGUGUUCGGACCUAUGCUCAGAAUAGCGAGCAGAGAAACUGCGUUCGUACAUGCAAUCUCAGCUGCAGGAGUGGUGUAUUCGAUUAGUCGAUCGUGCAGAGACGGGCAAUUGUCCUCGUGCGGCUGUUCCAGAAGCAGUAGACCCAGAGAUCUAAAGCGAGAUUGGAUCUGGGGUGGUUGCGGGGACAAUCUCGAAUACGGUUACAAAUUUACACAGGCAUUCGUCGAUGUGAAAGAACGUGAACGGAGCUUUAAAAGGGGUAGCAGAGAACAAGGCAGAAGCCUGAUGAAUCUUCAUAAUAACGAGGCUGGACGUAGGGCUGUUAUAAAACGAUCCAAAGUAACGUGCAAGUGUCACGGAGUUUCUGGAAGCUGCAGCUUAAUCACUUGCUGGCAGCAACUCGCUUCCUUCCGAGAAAUUGGUGAUUUCCUUUUGGAUAAAUACGACGGGGCAACGGAGGUCCGAGUAAACAGACGUGGUCGUUUGUCUAUGCGAGACCCACGAUUUUCAUUACCUACGGCAAAUGAUUUAGUUUAUUUGGACGAAUCUCCAAACUAUUGUCUUCCUAACGAGACACUUGGAUCAUUAGGUACACACGGGAGAAUUUGCAACAGAACAUCAUCCGGUAUGGAUGGAUGUAAUCUUCUUUGCUGCGGUCGGGGAUACAACACGCAGAAAACGACAAUUAGAGAACGAUGCGAGUGCAAAUUUCAUUGGUGUUGCUACGUUGAAUGCAAAACUUGUGUUAAAAGCGUAGAUAUUCAUACUUGCAAAUAAAAUUUCGAUUCAUCUUAUUUGAUACUUUCGUAAGGGAAAUUUAUGUACCUCUCUCGUGAUACGUUUUUUUCUCAUAUUUUAGCCAGACAUAAAUUAUUAAGAAGUAUAACGCUGUGUAUAUACACUUAAAAUUAAAGCAAACGUUUAGUAAAAUAUUUUAGUAAAAUGCUUACUCGUUAUUAUCAUCAUUUAAAAAAUUUUA